AAGAAUGUUUGUUCCAACAAUUAGGAUGCACCAAUUUGUUUCCGGUUAGUGAUGAUCGAUUGAUUUACAACAGCCCUUGGAAUGUGUUAAAGAAAUUAUCCGUGUACUAUAGUGUACAUUGAAAGAUGUCUAUUGAAGACCCAUUUUUCGUUGUGAAAGAAGAAGUACAAAAGUCUAUUCACACUUCCCAGAACUUACACGACAGAUGGUCCGAGUUGAUAAGUAACCCAAAAUCAGUGACCAAGGAGGAACUGGAAUGGACAACCAGUGAAUUGAGGAACAGUUUGAGAAGCAUUGAAUGGGACCUUGAGGAUUUGGAGGAGACUGUGGGGAUUGUUGAAAGAAACCCCAGAAAGUUUAAGAUUGAUCAAGAUGAGCUGCAGGAGAGAAGAGCGUUCAUUGACCGAAGUAAAGCCAUUGUGAAGAGAAUGAAAGAUGAUUUAGCCAGUCCUCAGGCGAAAGGAACAGAUGAUGGAAAUGUACGACAGGCUCUUCUAAAUGGACAGAGUAAACAGUACGACAAAUACACACGGCUGGACCAGGAAAUGGAGCGAUCAAACCAAAGAUAUGUGGAAGACACCCACCAACAGCAACAUAUGAUAAUUAAAUCACAAGAUGACCAGUUAGAUAUGAUUGGGUCCAGUGUUGGGGUGUUGAAGAACAUGAGUCACCAGAUCGGCAAUGAGUUAGAGGAACAAAAUCUCAUAUUAGAUGAAUUUGGCCAUGAAAUGGACAACACAGAGUCUAGAAUGGACGUCACAAUGAAGAAAAUGGCCAAAGUAAUGCACAUGUCUAAUGACAAAAGACAGUGGUGUGCCAUUGGUGUUUUACUAGUCAUCAUGUUGAUCAUAAUUAUACUAUUUAUUCUUUUAUGAUAUACCGAUUAUAUUCAUAAGGUUUAACAGACGUAAUGUACAUCGGGUAAUUUUGGUGCACUGAAAAUGUUGGUUUUUAUGGUGAAUGAUGAAUAUUUCCUAAAAAUGAAUGUAUCAAAAUUCAUCUUUGUAUAAAUGAUACACGUGUCAAAUAAAAAUGCGCCAAAGGAUGAGGCGCUAAUAUUUCAAACUUCAAUUUUUGGAAAAAUCUGCUAACUAUUCCCGAUGCCAAAAUUCCCCAGGAUACUGUGAUGUAUGUACUGUGUAAUGAUAAAAAUGGUAAUGAUUAUGAUUUCCCACCACAUUGUUUGUCAGGGAACACACUGCCAAUGUUCACAGGUACCAGAAGUGUGGAGACUAAUUACACACACGCACACACACCCUUUGAUAAAAAUUUUUGCAACGAUAAUUUCUCUGCAUUGUAUGAAUUCCCUGUCUAUCUCAUCCCUCUUUUAAUUUAUGUAAUUGUUUUACGCUUUUUGUAAGAUUUAGAGAUAAGCCUGUUCAUUUCAUUAUACCAGUUGAGGGCCAAUAUCUAAAGCUUACAAAAAGCAGGAAAGGAUUACAUAGAUCAAAGCUUACAAAAAGCAGGAAACGAUUACAUAGAUCAAAGGAAAGAUGAGAUAGACAGGGAAUCUAAACAUUUCAGAGAAAUUAUCACUGAGAAAUAAAUUAUAGGGGGGGGGGGGGGGUCAUUAUUAUCCAUACUAAAGGUGCCUGUGCCAAUGAUUUGAUGUUAAUAUCAGUGUUGUAAGUUGGUUGGCAGACAGUUCAAAAUAGCCAACCUUUCCAAUCUUAAGUGUAAAAAAUUUCCUGCAUCUUCUUGAAAGUGCAUGUAUUUUCUAUCAUCAUAUUUGAGAUGAUGUUUGUUAUGCUUAAAAAGUCAUGAAAUAUACAAACAACGUAUCUUAUUUUGAUUAUGUAAAAAAAAAAUUCUAAAUCUUCUCAUACUUUAAUGGAAUAUUUUUGACAAGGAAGUUUAACUUCCCCCACCCCCUUGUUAUAUUUCCAAGUGCAGUAUUAUUAGUUCAUGUAUAAUUUAAUCUGCCCUUUCGUGGAAUGUAUAAUGCUGUUGUGUAUUAUAUUUAAUACCCUUGGAAUAUUGAUAAUUAUGAAGUACAUUUGAAUAGUGCCCUAUCUAAAUAUUACUAGAAGGAACUUCACUCGAAAUGAAGUUAUGACAAAAAAAUAAUACAUAUAUAAAAACAAACAUUUGUAAAAAUCCAUUAUAAAAGAUCAUAUAAAACUAAUGGUAUUUACAAAUUACAUUUAAAAGCUUUUUUGAAUAUGAAAUUAAAAACAAUCUUCGAUAAUCACUUGAAAGAUUCAAGGGAGUCUCAGUUUUCAGGGUAUCCUGAUUUUUGGUUGUUGUUUUUUUUUCAUUAAUAGAAUACUGAAUGAGGGUAUGAUAUUUUUAAAUGUAUUUUAGAAAUACUGGUACGAGCAUGUGUUAGUGUUUUUGUUUGUUUAUCCCUUUAUGAUUGAGUACCACGUAAGCUAAGUAUGUCAUUACUUGUGUAUGUGACAGAGAGUGCUUGGUCCCUGUGAUAAAUCAUAUUAGUGUCUCUAUAAAUAUAUAUAUUAUAUGAAAGCUGAAACUCCCAAGAUAUGCAUAUCCUUACGUGUUUUGCUCUCUUUUUUUUCCAAAAAAAGUCAUGAUUUCUUAGUUCCAAGUAAACAUUUGGAUGUUGAUGUUCUUUUUUAGUUCUAAGUAAACAUUUGGACCAGGUUUUUAGAUGUUGAUGUUCUUUCUUAGUUCUAAGUAAACAUUUGGACCGGGUUUUUAGAUGUUGAUGUUCUUUCUUUACUCACCAUAGCCAAUUUUGCUGUACCUCUAAUUAUUUAUAUUUAGUUUAGUAUGAAUUACAAGAAUUACAUGUUGUUGCUUUUCCAUGAUAUUGCAUCAUGGAGUAAUGGAUUUGCAUCAUUCAACCAAAAAUGGUUGGUUUACUGAGAAAGUAUUUGUGAACAUAACUUCCUCAUGGUUUCUCGGGCUUUGCAAUAAAAAAUAAAAAUUCAAUACAUUCCUUUAACUGUGAUUUUUAAGAAUUAAACAGGCAUGAAUUUUGUUUUCUCUAUGAGUGAGGGUAUUGUUGUAGAGGGUGGGGGGAUCAUGGUUAGGAAGUCUACAUGUGUUUAAAAAAACAAAAUUCAGAUUAAACACCAUAUUUGUUGAUCUAUAAUUAGGUUACUUUAAUGAGCAUUCACUUAGGUGUUCAUGACCUGAAAUUAACAAUCAUAUCUGUAAUUUGGGGAAAACAGGAAAUAUGUAUUAUUAUUUGGGGAAGUAACAGCUUUAUAAAUACCAAUUUAGAAGAAUCAGUAUAAUUUAGGCUUCUCAUACUGCUUGACAUUGUAGAAAUUUUAAUACUGCUUUACUAUUUUUUUCAGAGAGCUUCAUUCUGCUUCUGAUAGAAUUUUUUUAAUGGUAUUUCACUGUACAUUUUCACAAAUCCUUUUCCUACUAUGAUGUUAAUUUUAACUUCAUGAUUGGUUUGGGAGGAAAUGUGCAAUUAACUAGUAUUAGGAUUUUUUGUACAUUUAUUAUAGUUGAUUAUCUUUGUUAAUGUUUUGCUUCUGUGAUUAGUCUCUCUGCAUGAAAGUUACACUUUGGACUCGUUGUGAGACUUUUGAAUGUUAUUUACAUGUUGUUACUUCAAUAUUAAAAAGUUUAAAAUCCUCUUUUGAGAAUCUUAUACACUGCAUUUGAUGCGAGCAUUUUGUAGAUUAAAAGUUAAAAACAGU